UUUUGAUUGGUUAAAAUAAAAGGGAUGAACCCGAGUAUUGCUCUUAUAAAUACGUAGAAAUCUCAUCAAAGCCCUAACAUCGAUUUCUGGAGUUUGGAUUGUUUUUGAAUAAAAGUUGAGCUGAAGAGCUAAAGAGAUGAAGAGAAGGAGGAGGGAUCUGAAACAAGCGGCGGAGUCAGAGCAGGAGGAGUGUCAGAGAAUUCCCCAGGUCGUCUCUCUCGGAGAUUCCGAUCAAAUUCAGCCGUCACCCAACAAGAAAGAAGGAGAACAUAUAUGUGAGUUACUGCAGGAUAUGCAGGAUCUUGUGUUGGAAAUUCUAAUGAGAUUGCCAACACAGUCCCUGAUGAGGUUCAAGUGCGUCUCUAAGCACUGGUCAUCCCUUAUUUUUAGUCGAUAUUUUUGCAACCUUUUAUUUACUACGGUCACACGACAACAACCACGCCUAUACAUGUGUUUAGUGGAUGAUGGCGGGCACCGUAUACUUCUAUCUAUAUCAUCACCGUCUCCAGACAACACUUGUUAUGUCGUCGUCGACCAAGAUUUGAGCAUCCCAGGAAUGGGAGGCUUCUUCUUGAACAUUGUUCGUGGCUUGAUGUGUUUCUCCCGUAGUAAAAAGGCGUGUAUCUAUAACCCCAGCACCAAACAACUCUUGACCUUACCUGCCAUAAAAUCCGACAUCGUAGCUCAACAAGGUCAAAAGAAGCAUCUUACCCGGUAUUACAUCGGACACGACCCUGUUAGUGAUCAAUACAAACUAGUCUGCACGGUUGCGAUAUCCUCGCCAUUGCCACGUUUGGCUAAUCUGAAGUCAGAGCACUGGGUCUUCGCACUAGAAGCUGGAGGUUCAUGGAAAAAGGUUGUUCCACUGGAAAAUUAUCGUCAUCAUGCCCCUUCCCCGCUAGGACGGUCUACCAGUGGAUCAGUAGUACGUUAUAUGGCCUGGCCUGAUAAUUAUAAUUGUGUGGUUGUGAGUUUCGACAUUAGGUCUGAACAGAUGACUAUCAUCCCAGUACCUGGGGAGAUCGCACCUCAUGAGCAUGUGCCUGCAGUUACGAUGAGGGCGGAUCUUAUAGAGUAUGGUGGGAAGAUAGCAAUAUUCUAUCAUACUUACCUUAAAGACAAGGGUUCCGCGGAUUUAUGGGUUUUGGAAGACAUUGGGAAGAAUGAAUGGUCGAAAAAGACUCUGGUUUUGCAGCCUUGUCAAAGGCAUUUAGUCAAAGACAUUGAAUUGAUCGUAAAAGGUACAACUCAAGACGGCAAGGUAAUCUUGGCACCGUUGGAGAUGCAUUCUCGAUUCUACAUUCUGUAUUACGACUUGCAAAGCAAUGACUUGAGAAAGGUUGAAAUCAAAGGAGUACCACGCCUUUGGCCUACUCAUAAAGAAUGCUAUUUUUACUUGAAUUCUAUGGAUGAGAGUGAGAGCUUCAUCUACUUGGAAACUUGACCAAGACUUUUGACCCUCUUUUUUUUUUUUC